AUGGGAAGAGCCCCAUGUUGUGACAAAGCCAACGUGAAGAGAGGACCAUGGUCUUCUGAAGAAGAUGCAAAACUCAAGACCUAUAUUGAGAAAUAUGGUACUGGUGGCAAUUGGAUUGCUCUUCCUCAGAAAAUUGGGCUUAAGAGAUGUGGAAAGAGUUGUAGAAUGAGAUGGCUGAAUUACCUGCGACCUAACCUCAAACAUGGCGGAUUCAGCGAGGAAGAAGACAACAUAAUUUGUAGCCUCUAUAUUAGCAUUGGCAGCAGAUGGUCCAUAAUUGCUGCCCAACUGCCUGGAAGAACAGACAAUGAUAUCAAAAACUACUGGAACACUAGGUUGAAGAAAAAACUGUUGGGAAGGCACAAACAACCUCACCGAAAUCGACUGUCCAUUUCAGGUCAGGAUUCAAAUGGUAUAGAUGACAGCCAAAAUUUUCAAAACUUGGGCAGUACAGCCCUAGAAAGACUUCAGCUUCACAUGCAACUUAAGACCCUUCAAAAUCCCUUUUCUUUAUACUAUAAUCCUGCAUUUUUCUCCAAGUUGAACCCUCUGCAAGAAAAGAUGGUUCAAAACUUCCAGUACUUGGAGGAAAACCGAGACAUUCCGAUGCAGCAAGAUUAUUUCAAUAUGAGCAAUUUGAAUGUAGUUGAGCUUGGAAAUUAUAUCAAUGGAAUACCAUCCACAGAAAAUAUUUCAGGGCAAUCAAACACUAACACGAACACGGGAAUUCAGCCUAGUUCGGCAUUCACUCAAGCAGAAUUUGAUGUUGGUUUUAUGCCUACACAAAAUCAGAUGGUGGUUGAUGAGUUUGAAUGUUUCAAAGAUAUGGAUGGUUCAAAAUUAUAUAACCUAGUAUGGUUGUCUAAUGAACUUGAUGUCAAUUCAGCAUCCUCAAACUCCUGGGAUAUUUCUGCUAAUGUUCUUCAUAAAUCUGAAGAAAUGUGCCAAAAUUACUCAACUGGAUACAGUAUGCAGUAA